CAGCGGCGAUGGACGCCAACGCAUAUAAAUAAUCUGAGGAGUUGGAUCGACUAUUCCAUUAAUACAUCUCCGACGAAUUCGUCAAGCUUUCGCGACAAUGGAGGUGGCGGUGAGGAGCAAAGUGCAGAGGCUGUACGACGCAUGCGCCAGUGUCUUCCGCACCGGGGAGGAUGAACCGCUCACGUUCGAGCAGAUCCGGUGGCUGCAAAGCCUCCUGGAUGGCGUGGGGCCGGCCGACGUCGGAAUCGAUGGAUACGGAGACGAAGGGCCGCGAGUAGACGAGAGGAGUCCGACGAGCCGCCGUGGACUGGUGCUAGCGCAUGCGUUGGAGCAGAUUACCUAUAUACACAUCCAUGAGUGCAAAGAUUUCUCGAUGGGGGUGUUCUGCUUCCCGGCUGGUGCAACGAUGCCUCUGCAUGAUCACCCGGGAAUGGUGGUGCUCACCAAGGUUUUGUACGGUUCAGUGUCAUGGAACGCCUAUGAUUGGGUCUCCAACCCCAGAAAGAAUGGACUAGCAAAGGUUGUGGCAGAAGAACGCAUACUCCAAGCAUCCACCAGGACAUCGGUCUUGUUCCCGAGGAGCGGAGGAAACAUACACUCUUUCACUGCUCUAACUCCCUGUGCUAUACUUGAUGUGUUGACUCCUCCGUAUUCUGAUGAACUUGGAAGGCCAUCAACCUACUACAUCGACAUACCCAUACCUUGGCUUCCGGGUUUCUGCAUACUUGAAGAGGCAGAAUUGCCGGAUGAUCUGGUCGUUGCCGGAGCGCCAUACCUUGGUCCAGAGCUCAUUGUUGUUGAUGAAGAAGAAGAAGAUGAUGAUGAUGACAUGUAUUGAUUAGCUUUUCUUGUACACUGCACAUAUUUUUCCAGCUGUACAGGUUCAGCUAAGUCGGAUGACUUCUGCUGC